UGCCCCAGCCUGACAGAAGCUUCAGUAGCGCUAGGGUCUAAGUGCAUUCAGCACCUUCCUAACUCAUUCUUAGCUACUUUUUUCUUCCUCCUUAGGAGUGAACUGUGGAAAAAAAAAAAGUCUCCUAGCUGAAUAGUCUCGGUUUGUUUAUGGUUUAUCAUUGAUGAGCUACAGAUAAGAUUCAACUUUGCUGCCAACCGAGUUCAUCUGUUCAGAACAACAGCUACAGAAAACCAGACUCCUCAACACCAGAGAAUUGUCCAACCGCUGCUAUGUCAAACUUUGUAGGUCCAGAAGUCAAAAAAUUUGUGGCUUGGGACUAUGUUGUUUUUGCAGGGCUGUUUUUAGUCUGUGCUAGCAUUGGAGUCUUUUUUGCAGUUAAAGAGAGAAAAAAGAAAACUUCAAAGGAAUUUUUGGUGGGUGGUAGGCAGAUGACAUGUGGACCAAUAGCUUUCUCUCUCACAUCAAGCUUCAUGUCAGCAGUGACUGUUUUGGGGACACCCUCCGAAGUCUAUCGUUAUGGGGCAUCCUUUGUGCUGUUCUUUCUUUCAUAUGCACUUGUCAUCAUUUUUACAGCAGAACUCUUUCUACCUGUAUUUUACAGAUCUGGCAUUACAAGCACUUAUGAGUAUUUGGAGUUAAGAUUUAACAAGAUUGUCCGUCUUGCUGCAACACUGAUCUACAUCCUGCAGACGAUCCUUUACACAGGAAUAGUAGUUUAUGCUCCAUCACUGGCACUCAACCAAGUCACUGGAUUUGAUCUCUGGGGCUCUGUGAUUGCAACAGGAAUUGUCUGCACUUUCUAUUGCACCCUGGGUGGAUUAAAAGCCGUUGUUUGGACAGAUGCUUUUCAAAUGAUUGUCAUGGUGGUUGGCUUCACAACAGUUUUGAUUCGAGGAACGACUCUGAAUGGCGGAUCAACCAAGGUCUGGGAGGUUGCCUAUGAAGGAUCACGAUUAAACAUAUUUGACUUUGAUGUCGAUCCCUUGAGACGACAUACCUUCUGGACAAUUGUUAUUGGGGGAACAUUUACAUGGCUAGGGCUCUAUGGAGUUAAUCAGUCCACAAUCCAGAGAUGCAUUUCUUGCAAAUCAGAAAAGCAUGCUAAACUGGCACUUUACCUCAACUUACUGGGACUGUGGACAGUCCUGGUGUGUGCAGUGUUUUGUGGCUUGGUGAUGUACUCUCAUUACAAGAGCUGUGACCCUUGGACUGCUGAGUUCAUUUCAGCACCUGAUCAGCUCAUGCCGUAUUUUGUUAUGGACAUUUUUUCCUCGAUGCCAGGAGUCCCAGGACUGUUUGUUGCUUGUGCAUUCAGUGGAACGCUAAGCACGGUAGCUGCCAGCAUCAAUGCUUUAGCAACUGUUACCUUUGAAGACUUGGUCAAGAAAGGUUUCCCAAAUCUCUCCGAGAGGAUGAGCACGUGGAUCAGCAAAGGUUUAUGUGUAUUAUACGGUGGCCUGUGCACUUCGAUGGCUGCAGCAGCAUCUCUGCUAGGAGGAGUUGUGCAGGCUUCCCUCUCCAUCCAUGGGAUGUGUGGUGGGCCCAUGUUGGGAUUAUUUACCCUGGGAAUUGUGUUUCCUUGUGCUAACUGGAAGGGUGCUAUGGGAGGCCUCCUAGCUGGGAUUACUGUAGCUUUUUGGGUCGGUACUGGCGCUUUCAUUUACCCUGCUCCACCAACAAAGUCCAUUCCUCUGCAACUGUCGACUCUCAACUGCACAUUAGCUAACAGCACCGAGGCACUGAUGACAGCAGCAGCUCCCACAGCAGCUCUAGACAGACCUCUGCUGGCAGACACCUGGUACUCCCUGUCCUACCUGUACUUCAGUGCCAUAGGCUGCCUAGGCUGUGCCAUCACAGGGCUGCUGAUAAGCUUUAUAACAGGACCCAACAAAGGAGAAGAUAUCCCACCAGUGUUAAUCCAACCAGUUUGCAACCUGUUUUGCUUUUGGUCCGACAGACUCAAAGCUCUGCUCUGGUGUGGUGUGCGGCACGACAGCCAGGAGGUGGGCUUGGAAAAAAAUCUGCCUAAAGUUACUGCAAAUCAAACUGGAACUGAUGACACCUUCAAGAAUAGUACUGACAAAGAAAACAAAUGCCAGUUCCCUGGUUACAAUCCCAAGGAAAAAUCCUAUACCAAUAUGAGCAGAGAAUCUCGCCUCUAGAAGCUGAGAGACAAGGGACAUUUAAUCAAACUCGAUGUCUUCAGCUUUAGAAAUGAAGAGGUUUGAGGUUUUCUUAUCACAUUUACCAGCUUGCAGAUGACCAAGAGGGAUGAAUUGCUCUCUAUAGCAAUUAAGGUUAGAUUUUUAUUUAUGAAUUUCAUGACAGACCUGAGAAAUCAUCGGACAGUGGGGUUUUGGAGGCACUGCUACUUCAGAGGAAAUGCUUCAUGAAUCUUGUUGUGGAAGCUCCUCCUUGGAAGUAGCUGCAAUACAUCUGUAUCCCAUGCUCCAUUCAGUAACCAGUCGUUGAAGGGAAACUUGCAAAGGGGAACUUGAGAUAAAUUAAAAUUUUAGAGUAGCUUCUGAGGUCUCUCACUAAGGUGAGGCUGUGAACUGCCCUCUGAGGGAGGGGAAAGAAGGGAGGUCAGGCUGAGAUAGUAUCUGCCUAUUUCUAGGUGUCACAAAAGGCCUCCUCGCAGGGAUAUUGUAUAGACCAGACUGGUCUUUCAGCGACCGAGUUGUGUUUGCUUCCUCUGUGGAACUCAGAUUUCUUUGUAACGUCUUACUGUAAAACCUACAGGAGAGAGUAACAAAUUUGACUUCAAAUGUGGGAUAGUUCUUUAUCCAUGUUAGUCUUGGAAAGACAUCCUUUCAGUUCAGAAAGCUCCCUACACCACCUCUAUGCAAGAAAGAAAAUAAAAUGACAGUUGAUGA